GGGCCUGGGCCUGGGCCUGGAGUUGGGCCCGGAGCCGGGCCCCCGCUGCCCCGCGCACGGCGCCGCCCUGGAUCUGUACUGCAGGGACCACCGGCUCGGCGUGUGCUCGGCCUGUGCCGCCACCCAGCACCGGGGGCACGACCUGGCCAUCCUGGGGGAGGAGAAGACACUGCAGGAGAAGAAACUCAUCGCGAGAUACGAGGAGAUGGAGCGACAGCUGAAGAGCACCGACAGGACGAUCGGAGAGAUUAAAGAGCGGGUCGAAGCCGUCAAGGGCUCGGCCUCUCAGGCCAAGACGAACUACGUGAACAAGCUGGGGGUGCUGGCUCGGGCGCUGGUGGAGGCUGGGGCAGAGGUGACGGUGCUGAUAGAGCGCGAGGAACGGAUGGCGCUGAGCCAGGCGGACGGCGUCUUGCAGAAGCUGGAGGAGCGGCAAGCCGGGCUGAGCCGCAGCAAACAGCAGCUCGAAGCCACCCUGAGGUGCAGUGACGCCCUGCAGAUCAUACAGUUCUCUCAGGAAACAAACACGUGGAAAGCGAUGGGUGAGGAGCCCGUGUGGGUGCCCUGUGACUUCGCCCUGGACACCACGCUAGGAGGCGUGACGAAGGCACUUGAGGCAAUUUCCAAACUGAUCCACAAAGACCUGCAGGGAGUGUCCCGGCAAAUGGAGCGGGCAGAGGAGAUUCCUGGUCCGGAGGUGGCUGAGAGGUGUGAGGCUGGGCCAAACCGGUCUCUGCCCAUCGACCUGCAGAUCAGGGGCAAGUUCCUGCACAGUUACAGCCAGCUCACCUUUGAUGCCAACACUGCUCACCAAUCCCUCACUGUGUCCAAGGCCGGGCGGAAGGUCUCGCACAAGGAAAAGCAGCAGUGCCCUGCCCACCCAGAGCGCUUUGAGAGCGAGUGGCAGGUGCUGUGCUCACAGGGCUUUGCUCAGGGCCAGCAUUACUGGGAGAUGAAGCUCAGCGAUCAGUGGGUGUUCGUGGGGGUCGCUUACAAGACGAUCGAACGGAAGGAGGAAUCCCGGAUCGGGAAGAACGGGGCAUCCUGGGCCGUGCAGCUGUUUAGCCAGAGUUACUCUGCCUGGCACAACGGCCAUGAAACCAAACUGAGCCCGGCCGAGUAUGGGCGUGUCGGUGUGUUCCUGGACUGCACUGCAGGCACCGUCUCCUUCUAUGGCGUCACCGACACCAUGACCCUGAUCCACAGGUUUGACUCGGUGUUUGUGGAGCCCCUGUACCCUGCCUUGUGGGUGGGUGACAGAGUCACAGUGUCACUCACCCAGCUGAAGUGAGGCCUGGAUAAAGGAUUGGGGCA